AGCCAAGCCCAGCGCGCCCCAAACCCCCAAAACGGCGCCGCCCGGCUGGUUUGGGGCUGUCAGCAGCUGUCCGGCGCUGGGCAUGGAGCGUGUGCGGGGAGCUGGGGCCGUGCUGGCGGUGCUGGUGGUGCUGGGAGCCCCCCCGGCUGCGGGCGAGGAGCUGUCGGGGGUGUUCCAGAGGAUCACAAAACGCGAAUGUCACUUUAUCAACGGCACCGAGCGGGUGAGGCUCCUGGAGAGGUACAUCUACAACCGGGAGCAGCUCCUGCACUUCGACAGCGAUGUGGGGGUCCAUGUGGAGGACACCCCGCAUGGGGAGAAGUUUGCCAGGAGCUUGAACAGCCAAAAGGAAUAUAUGGAGUACACACGGUCAGCUGUGGACUGGUACUGCCGGCACAACUACAGGGUCGUCACCCCGUUCACCGUGGAGAGGAGAGUGCCCCCCAGCGUGUCCAUCUCGCUGGUGCCGUCGAGCUCCCAGCCCGGCCCCAGCCGCCUGCUCUGCUCCGUGAUGGAUUUCUACCCUGUGCCGGUGCAGGUGAGGUGGUUCCAGGAUGGGCAGAAGGUGCUGAAGGACGUGGUGGUCACCGACAUGGUCCCCAACGGGGACUGGACCUACCACGUGCUGGUGAAGCUGGAAAUCCCCCCCCGGCGCGGGGUCACCUACAGCUGCCAGGUGGAGCACGUCAGCCUGGAGCACCCCCUCAGCCGGCACUGGGAGAUGCCACCAGACACCGUCCGCAGCAAGAUCCUGGUGGGGGUCGGGGGCUUCGUCUUGGGCUUGGUCUUCCUGGCGCUGGGGCUCGGCUUCUACCUGCGGGAGAAGGUAAAGGGGGGUCCCCAAAGGGGGGGCGUGUCCCCCCCUUGCUCUCCCACAGCCUCUGGGCCUCCCCUGCCCCCCACCCCGCUCUCACCCCCUUUUCUCUCCCCACAGAGCUCCUGA